GGCCCAGAUCAGCUGUUGUGAGGAGGAAGGAUGACGUGGCAUCCGGUCUCUCUCACACACCCGACAUUACAACAACAAGGCAGGCGAGCCGAGCUAGGACGAAGCGACGACGGCGCCUGCGGAGUAAACAGAUAUCCAAGAACUAUCACCACAGAAUAAUUCCCAUCAAUAAAGUCGGAAAAACUUCCCAAAUCGGAUGAGGCCGAUGCUGUAGAGGGGGAACCCCACCAACGCCACCACCCACAGCUAACUGAGCCCCAGAAUGGAGAGGGUUUGAGGCGGCUUCCCCCUCAGCUGAGUCCUGGGUUGUGACGCAGUACGCUCAGGUUCUUCAGAGCCCGCCCUGCUAGUAAUAUGAGCCAUGGACUCCUGGGCAGUUGAUAGUCCUGUAACCCUGAUCAUCAAGGCCCCCAACCAGAAGUAUGAAGACCACACCAUCAGCUGCUUCCUCAACUGGACCGUGGAGCGGCUGAAGAGCCACAUCUCCAACGUGUACCCCAGCAAGCCGCUGUCCAAAGACCAGCGGCUGGUCUACUCGGGGAAACUCCUCCAAGACCACCUGCAGCUCGGAGACGUGCUCAGAAAGCAGGAUGAAUACCACAUGAUGCAUCUGGUGUGUACCUCUCACAGCCCCCCGGCGUCGCCCAUGCCUCGGAGCCCCGCCGCGGCCAGCUCUCCUGCUGCCGACUCCAGCAGUUCAGACGUGGCCAGCCAGCCAGCCUCCUCCUCCUCUUCCUCCUCCACCUCCUCCUCCUCCUCUUCUGUCCCAGGAAGUUAUGACGGGCUGAGGUAUCGCGGCGGCGUCCCCCAGUACAACCCCCAGAGUCCUGCUGCUGUCCCUCAGUGGCCAGAUGGAGCCCAGGUCCCUCUGCAAGGCGACCUCCCGGCCAACAUGCCCCCCCACUCCAUGUACAUGCCCAUGCAGAUGCUGUGGUGGCAGCAGAUGUACGCGCGCCACUACUACAUGCAAUAUCAAGCGGCGGUGGCGGCCUCUCAGCCUCCCAGCACCCCGCCGCCCCCCUCCCCCUCCCCAUCGCCCCUUCAGCCCGCCCAGCCCAACGAGGCCGUGCAGCCCCCACCGCUGGGGCCCAACCCGGCCCCCAACCCUCUGCCCGAGAACCAGCCGGCCAACCCCAACAUCCAGAUGAACGCGCAGGGCGGGGCGGUGCUGAACGACGACGAGCUGAACCGCGAUUGGCUGGACUGGUUGUACACGGUGUCCCGCGCGGGCGUCCUGCUCAGCAUCGUGUACUUCUACUCCUCCUUCAGCCGCUUCGUCAUGGUGAUCGGUGCCAUGCUGCUGGUCUACCUGCAUCAGGCGGGUUGGUUUCCCUUCCGGCCGGAGCAGCAGAACCUCGGAGAAGGAGAACAGGUCAGGCCUCCACAGGAGGCGGAGAGACACCAGAACAUACAGGAAAUGGAGCGCCUGAUGGAUGAGGGGUUGGAGGACGAGGACGACAGGGGUGAGGAAGGAGCUGUAGCCCCUGAGCCCCAGGACCAGGAUCAGGAUCAGGACCAGGACCAGGACCAGCCCCCCGCUGCUGCUGCCGCCGCCGUCGUCCCCGAGCCCCACUUCCUCACCACCGCGUGGUCCUUCAUCAGCACCUUCAUCACCUCGCUCGUCCCAGAAGGACGCCGCCAACCGGCCAACUAGCCAGAACCCCCCCACCCCCACCGCCCCCCUUUUGCCCGACCUCUCGAACACCCCUCUUCCUCCUGCCAGCAGGUACCGCUCAACAGAAGUAUCACAAUACCCACCUUUACUGCCCUAAAUACCCCCCCACACCAUCUUCAGUCACCCCGAUACGUUCAAACCCCCUUUUUUAAGCCCCCGGUUCCACCCCAGCCGGGCGGCUUCAGGCCUCGUGCAUAGUAACCGGGCUCCUCCUGAAGUGUAAGAGCAGGUGCAGUGUUCUGCUGGAGGUUGAGAAUAAAGGAAAUGUAAAGAAAGUGAAUCUCACGUUGUGUUAAUGGAUGAAGAGCUUCAGCAAUGAUAGUUUUUCCUUUUCUUUUCUUCACGUUGGUCGUUAAUUCAUUGAGACGUGGUGGUGGUGGUGGUGUUGGUGGUGGUGGUGAGAACCUGGAGGGAGCCGUCUUCCAUUUUAAAACCGUGAUGCGGUCAUGCUUUCUGAAACUUUUAAAUGAGGGGUGUGACCCCAAAAAAAACAAAACGGGAAGAACGGGAAGCUGUUUCCUUUUUUUUUUAAACCGUGAAAAAACAACAACAACAAAAAACACGACCCUGAAGACAUUUUCAUGUGUGCACCCGAUGUGCAUAAAGACAUUGCAGCUACUGGAGCACAUUGUUUUCCCACUUUGUAUUUGAACAUUUACACAUGUAAGUAUAUGCAUCUUUAAUUCCUAAAUAUAUGCAUUUUUUUUUUUUUUUUUCUAAAUAAAAGUCUUGCUGCGGUUUCGA